AUGGCCACCACGGGGGAAGGCGCGCAGCCGCCAGCACCUGCCACACCGCUCAACAUCCGCUCAGCUGGCAUGAAGCUGGAUGCGCCCGCGCAGCCCCAAUUCGACAGCAUCAAGGCGGCGAGUGCGGCCAUGGGCGUCAUGUCGCCUGUCAGCCAGAACGGCUGCUUCGAGUUCGACCGCAUCAUCAAGGCCGGGAACGUGGUGAAGCGCACGCGCAAGACCAGACUGCAGUCCUGGAAGCCCGUCUACAUUGUCCUGCGCCCCAACUGCCUCUCGAUAUACAGGGACAAGAACGAGACGAAGCUGCGCCACCAGAUCAAUCUCGCCGAGAUCACCGCCGUGGCGCGCCAGCGGGACUCGAAGAAGAAGAUGGACCACGUCUUUGGCAUCUUCUCGCCCGCCCGCAACUACCACCUCGGCGCAGCGAGCGACAAGGAGGCUCAGCAAUGGGUUGACCUCAUUCGAGCCGAGGCGCGCAUAGACGAGGAGGAGGGCGAGAUGACGCUCGUGAGCCCGACAGGCAAGAAGACCUUCACCGGCUUCGACCGCGCCAAGAGAGACGUCCCAUGCACAGCGCGCGCCGGGAAUCGCAGACGCUCAACUACUCCUGGCAACGAGCGCGCCUCCGUCUCCGACUUCGACUUCUCGGAUACCGGCGGUCUUACCUCGACCACCUCGUUGCCGCGCAGGAAGCCCCAGCUGAACCGCAACGUCAGCCAGCAGAGCAACAUCGGCGCCACGCCAGACGACGAGCGUGUCGUAUACCACGGCUGGCUGUAUGCCCUCAAAUCAAAACGCGGCGUGCGCCAGUGGAAGAAGGUCUGGGUAGUCCUGCGACCCAAGGGACUUGCCCUUUACAAGUCCGACGAAGAGUACUCCGCAACCCACAUAAUCCCCUUCUCGAGCAUCAUCGACGCCGUUGAUAUUGACCCCGUGUCCCGCAGCAAGCAGUACUGCAUGCAAGUCAUCGCCGAAGAGAAGAACUUCCGCUUCUGCGCGCCCGACGAAGACACUCUGGCAAAAUGGCUCGGCUCCUUCAAGAGCCUGCUCAUCCGGCGCAAAGACGCCCAGCAGAAGCGCGCAGUGCAAUUUGGUUCACCGACAGGUCCCGCUCAGACGCCUGUGAAAGAUACAGCCGCCGACGCCGACACCGACCCAGACACAAAUGCCACAGGCGACCUCAUAAUCCCAUCAUACCUCUCCCUCUCUUUUGUCAACCCUUGUGCAUACGCUGGCCGCACAUAUACAUCCCUCUAA